AUGGCAUCUCCAUUCAAGAGCGUUGUUAGCAUCACGCACGUCACCACCGCAACCGCUAUCAUAACUAUUGAUGGCAUCAACUUCCUCACUGAUCCGGUCUUCUGUCCUGCUGGAUCACAAUAUAUCUACGACGGUUGGGCAAAGGCGCCCAACCCCAAGGACUAUGGAUUCGAAGGCCGCCCCCCCAGUGGCGUCCUACGAAGCACCGAGGGCCCGGCAUUGCAACUUCACGACCUCCCUCCGAUCGAUGCGGUACUGCUAAGCCACGAGGAUCACGUUGAUAACUUGGAUCCCUUGGGCCGCCAACUCUUGGACGGUCGCAAGGUCUUCACUACUCCCGACGGAGCGCAUAAUCUGCAGCCCCGACCAGGAGUCGUUGGUCUUCGCCCGUGGGAAACCGUCUCCGCUACAAUCGGAGGUAAAGAGUUCCGCAUUACUGGAACCCCGUGCAAGCAUUUCCCAGGAGGCGAGGUGACUGGCUUCAUCUUAGAGUCGGAAUCCUUCGGUUUCAACGCCGCCGGCCUCCCCAACGUGGUGUACUUCUCCGGAGACACCGUGUAUAUCGACGAAUUCGAGAAGAUCAAGGAAAAGUGGAACAUCUCCGUUGCAGUUCUGAACCUUGGAAAUGCCCUUUUCUCCCACCCGAACGGCAUCAUCCAAAUUACGUUUGAUGGAAAGCAGGCAGCUCAUUUCAUGCGGGUCACUGGCGCCGAGAUCAUGGUGCCGAUCCAUUUCGAGUCCUGGGAGCAUUUCACCGAGCACCGGGACGACCUCCUCCGCGUGUUUGAGAAGGAAGGGGUGGCCGACCUUGUCCGCUGGCUUACUCCAGGGGUGGAGGCUCGCAUUAUCUAGUCUCACGGCAUUUGUA